AUGGACCACCAAUCGACCACAGACCAGACACUCACCUACUUAAACCUGUGUUACUCAUUCUAACAGACCAAAAUUAUUCUAAUCAUCAUAAAAUCGCUUUCUCUAAGACAACGUCACUAGUUCAGCCAUGGCUUCCAAUGCUCAAUCCUUCCGCCAAACCAUUGGCAUUCCUCCUUCCACGGCGUCUGUCAAAGACUCCACUCUGAUUAUUGUCGAUGCGCAAAAUGAAUACGCCUCGGGCCAGCUGAAGGUCGAAAAUGUGGCCGAAAGCCGCAAAGUUAUCGCCGACUUACUGUCUCGGUACCGGAAUGGUGGCAAUGGCUCCAAUAUCGUCCACGUGGUCCAUGAAGUGCCGGCCGGUGCCCCCGUCUUUACUCCGGGAACUGCGUUAGCGCAAGAGUUCGAGGAGCUGGCACCAAGGGCCGGUGAGAAGAUCGUCACGAAGAACUUCCCGAGCUCUUUCGCGCAGACCGAUCUCCACGAGUACCUGGGCGGCUUGGGAGACCUGGGGAAGAAGAUUGUGCUCGUCGGGUAUAUGGCACACGUGUGUAUUUCCACCACCGCCAGGGCUGGCAGUGAAUUGGGCUACGAUGUGAUUGUUGUGAAGGAUGCCGUGGGUGAUCGUCAUAUUCCUGGGGUUGAAGCCGAGCAGUUGGUGGCGGUGGUUCUCAACGAGUUGGCCGAUGCUUUCGGGACUGUUGUUUCCGCGGAGGAGAUUAGCUCGUAGGCUCUUCUCGUCAGACGAUUCUUGUGUCUAGUUGAAAUACGACGUUUAGAUUGCUAUUCCUAUUCUCUAGUUCUGCUAGUGAUGAAGGUGGUCAAUAAGGUGGUCGCUCAUUUGAUGGCGUUUAA